AUGUCACCUUUGGCUCUCACUGAUCGAAGUCCAAGUAUCAGCGAUCAGAGUUCCUCAGGCAGAGAAUUUGUGUCUCCACUCGCGACACCUGAAAAGUCAAUCAUCUUCAAUACGUCUCUGUCCUGGGAUCGUUUAAGAUUCAACAUGGAGGAACGCAUGUCACCCUUUAGAUCACUCAAAAAGGUCACCAGAGAGGCUAGAAAUUCACCAAGAUGUAAAAUGUUCUCUGCUAACCGUUUUCAGAGAUCGUUGCCAUCCAGUCCAAGAGAACUGAUGGAUCAGUUGACACCACAACGCUCAAAGACAAACAUGGAACAGUUGAACGGAAUAGUACCAGAGACACCCCAACGAAGCUUUGCAACAGAGAUACAAAAUCAAAGUAUCACAGAAACACCUCGAAAAGGCAGAACUCCCGAGAGCAAGCAAACAACACCGUUGAGUUCUGUAAGCAAAACAGUUCCGUUGCCAAAGCUACACAGACGAAAGUCUUUCAGCACGAUUGAAAUGAGCAUGGGUUUCUCGCCUGAACAAAAAGAGAACACAUUAAAGAGGCGUGCGCGCGAGCAGUCGGGGGCGAAACCAACGAAACUAUUUAAGGGAGACGACGACUUCGUGCCUAGAGCGAGAGCAUCAUUGUUUCAGGAGAGGAAACACGAAUACAGUAGCCUAAAGGAUUUCUCAUUAAGUACGAAAACAUUUUACAGUGGCAACGUGAAGUCCGAGCGGCCUUUCAGCAAUUACAAGAGCAGCGACAUUAAAAGGAGACGAAGUUUACCUUCACAAAACAGCAGUAGACGUUCAUUGACAAAGAAGCGGAAAUUUGGUAAGAUAAACACUGGUGUGAGCCAUGGGAUCAAAAAGCCAAAGCCUAAGGUGAAUACAGAGACAUUGAAGAAUGAGGGACAGCAUAUUGUGCAGAGUCUCACAGCUUCAAACAAGAGUCAAUCUAUGGAAGAAACUCAAUCAAUGGAGGUAAACAUGAUUGCGGAAAGGGCCCCGCCAAUCGAUGAGAGUAAGCGAUUUUUUAAAACCAACAGGACGAUCAGAUCAAAUCAGGCAGCUACGGUAACGAUGAAUGAUAAGAUUAAGUUGAAGGUCGCGGAUGGUAAAAUUGAAUUGAAAGAGAAUCAGAAACGCGUUUCAUUCACGAAUGCACAUAAGCAAAAGCUGAAAACCGUGAACGUCUCUCUAGAUGCCACCGAUCUAACCGUUGACGAACCGGAAGUUGAAGCUACAUUGCAUCAAGAAAAAGUUAAUGAUCUCCUGAGAAUUCUAGAGGAUGACUGGGCGAACGAUGAGUAUGAUACGAUGACAUCAUUGACCCAUAUAGCGAACGCGUUUUCUCCAUUACAAUCGACGACGAUGUUGUCGAAAGACACAAUUAUGUCUCCAGCUACCGAGCUUAGCAACAUGACUUCGACGAUGAACAUUACAGACGCUGCUCCUUUGAAUAACUUUGGAAAUCUUUCACUUGAGAACGCUAAUAAUAGUCAUAAUAAUAAUAAUAAUAAUAAUGAAAAGGGAAUCGAAAAAGAAAUCGAAGAGGAUUCCGAAAAAAGAUAUUUUCCAUUAUUUACCAAAGGAUAUUCUGUACCUGAUAAUAUUUUUGAAGAGACAAGUAAUGUCAAGACUACAAAAACAACAAAAAGAAAUAUGCAAUGGCAGAUAUCCGCGAAAGGUGGUGGUGCAGAAGAUCAGUAUCAGCUAGAUGCUGGUCAAAAACGUUUCGGCGCCACUCAGUGUCCAGAAUGUAAUGUUGUAUACCAAGUGGGCGAUGCUGAGGAUGAAAACGCUCACUUGAAUUAUCACAAUAGCGUACGAACUUUAAAAUUCCAUGUACGUUAUAUUUGUGCCUGGUUGGAAGAACGAACGUGUUAUAUUGGAAGAUCCUUUUACCUCCAGCAGAAUAAUCUUGAUCGAGCCACAUGA